GUAGGAGCGCGGCUGCCCUGGGACUCAGGGCCAACGUCCCGGCUGCCACCAUGACUCAGGGAUUCUGGAAAGUCUACAAGUCCAAAGUGCUGCAGAGUCUGGGCAGAGAGGGGCAGGAGGGGGAGUUCCAGGAUGAGAGGGAUAACCCCGAGCUGGUGGAAACCACAGAUGCCCCAGUUCUGAUGGAGGAGGGAUCGAACCCCAUCUCCCAGCUGGCACGAAGGGUCCAGGGGGCUGGCGCCAGAGGCUGGAGGAGCAUGUCGUCUCUGUUCAGUAGGGAGGAUGAGCACAAGCUGCUGACCCCCGAGUCCUGCGCUGACCACCCCCUGGCACCAAAGCCAGCAGAGUCGCCCUCUGCAGAGAAGACGACUUCAGGGUUCUGGGAUGUCUUUGCCGCCAAGUGGCAGCAGGCCUCUGCGCUGGACAAGAAGACGGCCCAGCCGGAGAUCAGCGAGCCAGCGGCCGAGUUCAGCGGGGCGCCCGGGGAGCCCCCCGGAGAGAAGGCCUCCUAUUCUAACAACGGCAGCGACCUCCGGGAGCCAGAAGAGGGCGCCUUCAAGUGGGGCUUCCUGGUCAGCAAACUGGCUGAGAUAAGGAAUAAAAAUGCCCCCAAGAGUAACUAGAGCGGAAGGACCUUUCCCAUCAGCCUCAGCACAGGGCCCCUCACUCGGGAGGAGAACACCCAGCACUGUAACCCUUCCAGUCACUGCAAAGGACCCCCCAGCAGCGCCGUCAGCCUGGAACACCCACAGCGUGGCUGCAGUAUCCCACCCCCUCCGCCCCAGAGUCUGUCCCUGUGAGCUAAGGGGCUGGACUGGUCAGUGUCUGACACCCUCACCCUCUCCCCAGCCUGCCCUGGGGUGGAGAGACUAGAGCGUCUCACAUCUCCAAGUUCUGUGGUUCACCCGGGGACCUUGGUCUCCAUGGACUUUGCUCACAGUGACGCCCUCUGGGCCUGCGCACGGGGCUGGGCACGGGGAAGCCAGCACUCUGAGGCUGAAGGAGGGACCUGCAGGGUUCGCCUGCCCUGGAGCCUUGCUCGCCUCGCCUUGGGCCAACAGCGGCACUUGGGUUGGGAGUGCAGGGCUCGGGGUAGCAUCUUGGGGACACAGGGGAGGUCCAGCCAGCACCCAUCAGGCCCAGGAGACUCAAGUAGGUAAAGCAUUGAAACAGCUGAAAACACCCCCCCGUGGAUCACCCUGGUGCAGCUCUGGCCUCUUUGCAGGGUAUGGAUGAGGUCCCCACUGCUGGGAAGCACUUGUCAGAGCGAGGUCUCCACUGAGCUCCCCCCUUGUGUUCUGUACCGUUUGCACUGUCGGGGAGAGAUUCUGGGACCACUUCAGUGUGUAACACCUCUCCCAGGGCUAAGCAUUCCCUGCCCGUACUGUACAGCCUGCUCGCAGCCUAGCGGUUAGAGCAGGGACCUGGGUUGCCAGGUUCUUGUCCCUGUUCUGCUAUUGACUUGAAUUGAGUGACUGUGGGCAAGUCCCGUAAUCUCUUUGCACGAUAUCUGAAAUCUGAGCAAGAGCCUAUCUGCUACCUCCCAGGCAUGGCAUGAGGUGACUGGGCUGAUCCUGCCCCAUGGACUGAGCAAUUAAUGGACCUAGAGCGCUUUGUGAUCCUUGCAUGGUUGGAGUGGUGGAAGCCCAUAGCCUGAGGAGCUGCAGUUCUGUGUACUGGGAUUUCCCAUACCUGGCAAGCCAAGGCUUUCAGAAGUGACCAGAGACUGUGGGUGCCAAGCCUGGGAGACCUUAAGGGGGCCCAGUUUGUUGAAAGAGCAGAGCACCCACCUCAGAAAAGCCAGACCCUCUUUAAAGGUGGCUCCAUUUGGAUACCCUGAAAAUGAAGAACCAAAGAUCACUAGGCGCUUUAAAGAUCUUGGCCAUGGUGGCUUCCUUCGUAACUCGUGUCUGAAAGCCUGGCUGCCCUGGUUACACUUUCUUUGGCCAAAGCCUGGAUAAGAAGGAGCAGGUUCUUCGCACCUCUGGGUUAGCGUUUGGCUAAGGAGUGCCAAGAACUCACCCUCCAGCAGGAGGAGUUCUGGAAUUAGGUGUUCAUGGUGCUGCCCUGAAGCUUGUGAAUUAUUGAUCCACAGAUCCUUGUAAGGCCUGGAUCGCCCAGCCCCAGGGAACCGACCCAGCCAAGCUUCCCUGCAUGAAACUCUGUUUCUGGGACUCAGACCCACCAUCGC